UUGAGCUGGUUGUUAUGGCUGGACAAGGCCUCGGACUCAACUGAGAGAGGACCCCCCUCCCCUCCCCGGACCACCCCGUCUCCGCCACGGGACACCCGCCACCCAUGGAGGGCACAGACAUGGACGUGGACGCGGAGCUCAUGCAGAAGUUCAGCUGCAUGGGCACCACGGACAAGGACGUCCUCAUUUCGGAGUUCCAGAGGCUGCUGGGCUUUCAGCUCAACCCAGCCGGCUGCGCCUUCUUCCUGGACAUGACCAACUGGAAUCUGCAAGCUGCUAUUGGUGCAUAUUAUGACUUUGAAAGUCCCAGUGUCAACACGCCAUCCAUGUCCUUUGUUGAAGAUGUGACAAUUGGGGAAGGAGAGUCUGUCCCUCCAGAUACACCUUUUACAAAGACCUGGAGGAUACAAAACACAGGUGCCGAGUCGUGGCCACCUGGGGUUUGUCUCAAGUACAUUGGUGGGGAUCAGUUUGGGCAUGUAAACACAGUAAUGGUGAAGUCUCUAGAUCCCCAGGAAAUAUCAGAUGUCAGUGUGCAGAUGCGAAGUCCCACAAAUCCUGGCAUGUACCAGGGCCAGUGGAGGAUGUGUACAGCCACCGGAUUAUUCUAUGGAGAUGUAAUCUGGGUGAUUCUUAGUGUAGAAGUUGGAGGUCUCCUCGGCGUGACCCAGCAGCUGUCGUCCUUCGAGACAGAAUUCAACACCCAACCCCAGCGCAAUGUCCAAGGAGACUUCAACCCCUUUGCCUCGCCACAGAAGAACAAGCAUGAUGCCUCUGACAACAGCUUCAGAGAUCCUGGUGGAGCCUGGGAACGCACACAAGAGCCAAUCCAGCAAGAUCAGAAUGGACUGUCUCAUAAUGCUGUAAAUAGGGCGUCAAACGGUCUCCAAACCAAUCUUUCCGUGGUGACUUAUGGCCAGGGUAUUCAUGGACCCUAUCCAUUUGGACAGAGCUAGAAAGACAAAGACCCCCCCAUGGUGAAUGAUGAGCUGAACACCCUGGGAGUCCUUAAAUGCAGAGGAGUCUGGGGGGGGGGGACAGUUGUUUUAUACUGACUCAUGACAACCCUCUCCCCAAAAAAAAAACCCAUGGCCCUUUUCACAAGAAACACAAACGACAGUGAGGUGAUGGAUUACAUCUGCUACAGUGAACCAUCCCACCUGACAUCAACACCCGGAUUCGCAUGUGUGAAUGCUUCAUUUAGGAGUGCUAUAAACCCUUAAAACAGAUACACACGACUAUUUUUAUUUCCACUGUAAAACACGCCUAAUUAAAGGGAAAGUCACCCUAAACAAUAUGCAUACUAUUUGCUUAUCCCAUGGGCAAUUGAAUACUUUCUCUCUUUGGGGUUCCUACCAAGGUCUGGAAUAUUUUAAAAAUCACAGAAUAGUACAAAAAUGAAUGGUGGUUAUUGAUCGUUUUUGAGGCCUUGAGAAGUGUUUUAUCAAAGUCAGAAAAAUUGAACUGAAGUGUUUUUUUUUAUUUGUUUUUUUUAAUUCAACAAGCCAAACAGUUUUUUUUUGUUUUGUUUUGGGUUUUUUUAAGGUAUGUGGAAAAACUCCAGGCUCUUUUAUGUAACAGCCUUAUUAGUUUCACCACCAGCCUGGUGAAUAAUGAGAUGGUCAACAGCUAGUAUGACAACAAGUAUGACCUGUUAAACCAGACUACUCUUCAUAGAUAAAUUCCAGAGUUUCAUAGUCAUGAAAGACAAUUGCUAAAUUGUUGUCGGACAAACCUGCCUUUGACUUGUGUUCACAAAUGUGAUGGAGGGUGGAUUAUGGGAAAGAUUGCUCAGUACACAUCUUGUUCACAUCAGUGGCCGAGUAGAAAUGGAUGAUUUGACCACGUCAUGUUUAUAGUACGGCACUGCAUCCAUUAAAUGUGACUCACUUUGAAUGUCUGAUUUGGCUGAAGUGAGGCAUCCACAUUUGUUUAUUUUCAGACAUUUCUGUAAUCAAAUGCUGUGUGAGAAAUAUUGGAGCUCUCAGAAAAGUCUAAACUUUGUACUUGGAAUUUUGGCUUGUAAUGAGGUUUACAAGUUGAAAAUUGGGAAUUCAGAAAAUAUGACAUGAGCGUUGCAUUGACUGAUGUGUUGUGUUUAAGCAACAGGAGCAGUUGUUGCGGGAGUUUUGCUUUGGCUGUUUUUCCAUUCUGGUAUAACAGAUUUAAUUGUCUUCAUUUUGUCUCUUUAUUCGCAGUUGUUAGCAUAAAAUUGGGUGCAAUCUCAAACAUAAUUUGAGACGGUCUGUUCCUCUCUCUAUUUUUGUACUUAAGAAUAAUAGAGUUCUUUUGGCUGAGACGAUUUGGAAAUUUUCAUCAAUAUCUGCUGUAUUUCAUGUUUAACUCUAAAGUUACCGGUGUUCAUAAUUUCAGACUUAAUCUGAGCAGUUUUGGACUUUUCUGGAGCCCAGGUGUCUGAACAUGGUCAGAUAACACAUUGAACUGUUAACCACUGCACCAUUCAAAUUUUGUCACAAAACUACAUUACACUUAGGAAUCCACAAUUUUUGCGUCCAUACAUUUUAAGACUAAUCAGAUAAAUGAUGUUGAGCACCAAGAUAUUCGAAGAUGAGGCAAGAAUUCCUGCGCCUUAGCGUAGAAAAUAUUGUGAUCCUUGUGUAGGAGCCCCGUUUUUCUCCCAAAGACAAAACCCAGAGAGCCAAGACACUAAUCUGUGCUGUCAUCAAGCCACACAGUCUGCAGGUGCCCGAUUCAGACUGCAUGGGACAAGGUGUGUGUGCUUUUUUUUUAGGGUGGGUUUUCGCUUUAAAUAGAUGCUGAAGCGCAAAAAGGAUGCGUGUGAGUUUGAGAAAGUGAGGUGUGAGGAAGGGUUGAAAAAGCCAUUUAAAUCUAUUUUGCCUGGUGAGUGACUGUAGUUUCUGAGUCCAUGUCUACAGUAUGUGUACUAAAUAUAUAUAUGUAUGUGUGUGUGUGUGCGCGCGUGCCUGUUAGGUGUGCAUGUAUGUUAAUGGUUUCUCUUUGGAAUUAACUGACAUAAAAUGGUGUAUACUACUUGGGCAAAGGAUGACUUGACACGUACACAUCAAUAUUGAGAGAGCUUUAAAAGGCAUGUACCUCAGAAGUAUUUUUUUGAGUGAUUCUUCUACGCUUGGAUGAACUGAUUCAAUAAUUACCCUGUUGUUAUUUAUUUGCCGUCUUUAUGUGCACUGCAGAUUCAAAAAAUCCCAUUUGUAGCCAGCAGGUGGUGCUAAAAAUCAGUUGGCCAACUUUACUUGACACCAUGCUACACUGUAAAAACAAAAAAAGUCACGAGUUGAAGUCUGAGCCUGGUAGAUGCUCUAAAUCUAAAAUUGAAUGGUUUGCAUCAGCCUUAUUAGCACCGGUGUUCUGUUACUGCUAUUUGCACAGUGCUGCCCGCCACCUCUGACGAGGGGAAAAAGAAGAGAUUUUGGCUUAUUGUGGAUUAUGACACCAGCAUUUUCCAGAAGAUUCUGUAUUUGUUUCGUCGCAGCUUCAAGUUUUGUUCCCAAAGUACACGUUUUCACCAGUUUCAUCACUGCACCAAUGUCUGAUGUUCAAAAUUUACGUUACUUUGAUCACACAGAAGAACUUCACUGCUGUUAUCCCUGAGUUUUUACUUCAGCUUCGUUCACUAUGCUUUCAUGUAUUUUUGGCUUAAAAAUAAAAUGGAAAAAGUUGUCGAUAGAACUCUGUGAUAGUGGUACAGUUUUUUUCUGAGGAAUUCAAACUGAUUUUUUUUUUUGUAAUUUUUUGAUACUUUAAUUAAUCAAACUUUCUCCAAGUUGUUGUUAUGAACAUCUGAAUGUCGCUCAAAAUAUUCAAGUUUGUUGCCUCUAUUUUACCAUGUACCCAUUUGUAAAAUUCACCAGCAUUCUGUGUUGCAGCUCUUCUGUUUCUGUAUUGAAGAAUCAUCUGAGCGUCCUCCUCCCGAACAGUAUACACUGUUGGAUCUGUUAGUCACGUCAGUUGUUUUUUUGUUUUUUUUUUUUCUUCCUUUUUGUGUGCGUGCGCUUCCUUCUUGUGGGGUUGCUUGUGUGUGUGUGUGUUUGUGAGUGUGAGAGACAGAUGGUGAGGAGGUCUGAAAUUUGCUGGAUUCAUUCUCUAGUUUUAGUUUAUGACUAUGUGUGGACUUGAGAUGGGUGGCAUGGUGAGUGGAUGGGAUGAAAGUUUACAUAGUCCUAAGAUAGCACAUUUAUCUGAAGAGAAAUUGUCAAAAUACAGCCUUUUUUCCCCUGUAUCUAUAAUUAAGCAUUUGUAUGAUUAAAUUAACACUGAAACAGUGA